AUGCUACUCAAAGUUUAUCUCUUUACUAAAAUAACUCUAUUAAGUCAAAAAGACCUUGUGAUUCAGAAUGCAGAUCAUCAUGUUGAAGAGGACAAAAUUAAUGAGGAGAUUCUGGAUAUUUUCAUUCAAGUACUGGCUGAUGGUGAAAACCAACUGGAGCUAGAAGAUCCUUAUACUACUCAAAAGGAGUUACAUCCAGUAAGAAAACCUGAGUCAAAGUGGGAAGAUCGGUUAAGGAGACGUAAACAGGAAGAAUUGCCUCAAGAACUGCUACCCAUAAAUAAGGACCUAUUUAUCCCGGACGACCCAGUAACAACUUGCCCUAGAUAUAAGAGAGGACCUUCUAAGCAUCAUUUUUUAAGACCUAAUGAUGACAAAAGUGAUAGUGAGGAUACCAUUGACAAGUUGGAAUUUGAGGAUGAGUUGUUGGAGAAGGCUAAAAGUUAUUUUACUAGUGAAAUUUCUUCAGAUAAAGAAUUGAACAUGAAUUCUCAGAGAAAGCACAAACAAGAAGAGGUUGUUGAAAUAUCACUAUCCCAAAAUGAAGUGUAUUUGGUGGAUGACUUUAGAGCCAUCAAGGAAGUUGUAGAGCAUACAGAGGAUGAGAAUGACUCUGAACAUGUAAAUAUUGAAGAAUCUCUAACUUAA